AUGGCAUCACUUCUACCUUUCCUCGGUUGGGCUGUUCUUCCCAAUUAUACCACAUCAUUCCUACAAAGUGUCUACUAUGGAAUCACCAUACGUGCUGGUGAACCCAAGCCACAACCUCAAACUCCACGGUUCGAGCGUCAUCGUCGCCGUAUCUUCGUCUUCGUGAUCACCAGCUACCUCCUCUACACGCUCUACGAGACCUUCUACCAGGUACAGCUUGCAGGCGAUUACUACCAAGCCCUAGGCGUGUCGCCAUUUGCCGAUGAACGCGCAAUCAAGUCACGAUUCCGCCGGCUCGCUGCUCAGUAUCACCCCGAUAAAGUCGGGGUGGAGGGCGGGUCCGAUGCCUACUUCCUGUACCUUCGACAGGCGCAGGAAACAUUGGUGGACCCGGUGAAGCGAUUUGCGUAUGAUCGGUUUGGGACAGAUAUGUUUGGAUGGGGCGAGCAGAAGACCAUGCGCGACUUCCUGAUGACCUCGUUGCUCAAGUCGGUCGUCCCUCAAUAUAUCGGCGGGUUUAUCACGACGAUUGUCCUUAACUGGCUGUGGUGGGCUAAUUGGGGCCGUUACUGGCGCUUCUACACGUUCGCUGCCAUGCUGACCCUCGAACUCGGCUUGAUUACGCACCCCCAGGCUGUGUUCAUGCCUACUACAUACCUUCCCGUCGCACUACAAGCUUGGCUGCCUACGAACUCAUUCUAUCUCCUCCCCUUCCAGAUCCUGACCCUAGCACGUCGCGCCUCCAUCAUGCUGCACAUUUUCAUCUCGCAGGCCGCACCGGCCUCCUCCAAAGUUGCCAGCAAUGGAAAAGGCGAUAAGAUACCGCCGCAGACCUUGCAGCGGAUCGGGGAGUUGAUCCAGUUGACGCGCGGCACGGAUAUCGAGGCGACGCGGAUGCUACAGAUGGGCUUAGCACCUUUCCGUGGUGACCGUGAGAGCGUGUCGACACUCCGGCGGGGCAUGAAGGAAGGGCUGAUCCUCGGCGGGGUGCGGUCCAGUCCUGAAGUGCAACGUGCCGUGGCACAGGUGGUUGAACGACGCAAGGCUGAUGGUGACAGUAAGCGUGAUUGA